AAGGUAACAGUGAAGAGAGCAAAAAACACAGAGAGACAGAGUAACAGAGAGAGAAAGAACCAAACCAAGUAAAGCUCUUGGUUGGUUCACCCCUUUGCUUGCUACCGUCUGUUGUGUUUGCUCUUCAGAACCGCAGAGAAGAAGAAAAACAAGGUUUUGUUUUGAUCGGCUGCGAUGAGCUCACAGGGGACAGUGAUUGAUGAGGCUGUUCUUGAUGACAUAAUCCGCCGCUUAACGGAGGUCCGAUUGGCCCGACCCGGCAAGCAGGUUCAGCUCUCCGAGUCCGAGAUCAAGCAACUCUGCGUCGCUUCCAGAGACAUCUUCCUUCAACAGCCCAAUUUGCUUGAACUUGAAGCCCCCAUCAAGAUUUGUGGUGACAUUCAUGGACAGUACAGUGAUUUGUUAAGGCUAUUUGAGUAUGGGGGUUUGCCUCCUAAUGCGAAUUAUCUCUUUUUAGGGGACUAUGUGGACCGUGGGAAGCAGAGCUUAGAAACUAUAUGUCUUUUGCUUGCAUAUAAAAUCAAAUAUCCAGAAAACUUUUUCCUGUUGAGGGGUAAUCACGAGUGUGCUUCCAUUAAUAGGAUUUAUGGGUUUUAUGAUGAAUGUAAGCGGAGGUUUAAUGUGAGGCUUUGGAAAGCCUUUACCGACUCUUUUAACUGCCUUCCUGUGGCAGCCCUUAUAGAUGAUAAAAUAUUGUGCAUGCAUGGUGGUCUUUCCCCUGAACUCACAAACUUGGAUCAAAUCAGGAAUCUAAUUCGUCCAACUGCAGUUCCGGACACCGGCUUGCUCUGUGAUUUGCUUUGGUCUGAUCCUGGUAGGGAUGUGAAAGGUUGGGGUAUGAAUGACAGAGGAGUGUCCUACACCUUUGGCCCCGAUAAGGUGGCUGAAUUUUUGACAAAGCAUGACUUGGACCUCAUUUGUCGUGCUCAUCAGGUUGUAGAGGAUGGUUAUGAAUUCUUCGCCGAUAGGCAACUUGUUACAAUAUUUUCAGCUCCAAACUACUGUGGCGAAUUUGACAAUGCUGGUGCAAUGAUGAGUGUGGAUGAUAACUUGAUGUGCUCUUUUCAGAUUCUUAAGCCUGCAGAGAAAAAAACAAAGUUUGUGAUGUCAAACAAGAUGUGAUGGUUGGCACAUCACUGUCACAUAAUUAACUAAGAUGUAUUCACCUGGUUGAAUUAAAUCCUGAAGAUUUAGAUUGCUGCAUGGUCUUAAGUUCUAUUAUCUAUUCUGAGGUGACAACGAUGGACGAUCAAGUUUACUGCUACAAUAUCCAGUGAGGAAUGAGCAUAAGGUACUGGUUAUAUAGGAUGUUAAGCACUGGUGGAUGGCCAUAAAAGCAAAGGUUUUCUUGUCUUUUUAUGUUUCAUAAUUAUUCUACAGCACAAUAUGUACAUAUAUGUGUUGUAGAUGAUGAUGCUAUGGAAAUGACCUUCUUUGCUCUGAAAAGCCCUCUUAGACUACAAAUUUACAUUGAUAGAGCAAUUUGCGUUGAUGAUUCUGUCCAAUUUUAUUUAGUUAGUAAAGGUGCAAUUGCUGGAUUUCAUGGUUUGGUCUUGUUUUAUGUGUGUUGAUUACGCUUGAGGUUUAAUUAUUGAAAAAUAUUAUUUGUUGAUCUCCUUUUAGACAAAGAUCAAUUAUUCAAUUAAUUUAGAUUAACAUUCAGCAA